AGAUGUAACAUUUAAUUAGAAUUAUAUUUAGCUUAAAUAUAUUAGAAACAUUUAAUAGCAAUGUGUUUCAACCUCAGUCGAAUUCUAUCCCAUACAACUUUUCUGAGAAGCAUGAGAACGAUAAAACGGAAUCAGUAUCAUUCUCAUUGCAAAUAUCAUUGGAUGUUUGCUAAAAGAUUGUGUAGCUCCGAAGCGAACGCUUCAGCAAUAAAGCCGUAUUUUGAAUUUACAGAUGACCAGAAGGAACACUGCCUCAACGAUCCAAAUAUCGCCGAAAUCGUGAAGGAGAAGAGUAAGCGUAAAGAAUUCUUCUAUGGAAUCGAGAUACCCCUCAAAAUGGAUUUAAAUACUUGUCUGGACUUUAAAAUGUUUCUGCCCCAAAUGCCUGAAUUUAUGAGCAUUGUGUGGACCAAACAAUUCUCGGAUGCAAUUCGCAGUGCUUCCAUGGCAAAAUUACCCAACAUUCAGACGGUAUCACAUUUGACGCCUUUUAUUCCUGCCAUGGCCCACAUAUCGCUCCAUCGUCUAACCCAACAGCAUCUCAACGAUUUUCUCGAUUUAAAUCUCAACAAUGUGCUCGUCAUUCGCGGCGAUCACGUCGAGGAGGGACAGGAAUAUAAUUAUGCCUACGAGGCUGUCAAGUAUCUGCGUGCUGCUCGUGGUAAUAGGCUGGCAAUUGCUGUCGCUGGUUAUCCGGAAGGAUACACGAAUUUGCAAGUUGGACCGCGAAACAAGGCUUUAGAUAUUGAGUACUUGAAGUUAAAGAUCGAUAUCGGUGCCAAUUUGAUUAUCACCCAAUUGUGUUACUCUGCCGAGAAAAUCAUAGAGCUCAUAAAGGACGCCCGUAUUGCAGGAAUUACGGUUCCGAUUUUGGUUGGCAUUAUAGUGCCGUAUUCCUUUUCCAACUAUCAGAUUAUCGAGCGAAUUACUGGAGUCCGUCUCUCGCCUGAGGCACGAAUUGAAGUGGAGCAGCUGAGCAGCGAUGACACUAAGGUGAAGGAUUAUUUUGUGCAAUUGAUGGUGCGAAUUAUACAACAGAUAUUGGAGGCUGACUUGGGAAUAUAUGGUAUUCAAUUCUUUACGCUCAAUCAUUUCGAGCCGGUUGUCGAGGUACUGCGUGAGCUCCGCUCGAAGGGAAUUCCCAAAAAUUCGAAAGCUGAUUGUUAGUUAUGAUGUACAAAAAAUAUAAAACAAA